AUGAAGCUCCGGCAGGAUUACCGGAAUUUAUGGCACUCUGAUCUCAUGGGCACCGCCACCGCCGAUACUCCCUAUUGUUGCUUGGCGUGUCUAUGUGGACCUUGUGUUUCAUACAUGCUUCGGAGAAGAGCUCUUUACGAUGACAUGUCAAGGUAUACUUGCUGUGCUGGAUACAUGCCUUGCAGUGGAAGGUGUGGAGAAAGCAAAUGCCCUCAACUCUGCCUUGCCACCGAGGUUUUCCUCUGUUUCGGAAACUCUGUGGCCUCUACUCGUUUCCUUCUGCAGGAUGAAUUCAACAUCCAGACAACACAAUGCGACAAUUGCAUAAUCGGAUUCAUGUUCUGCCUCAGCCAGAUCGCUUGCAUAUUCUCUAUCGUCGCUUGCCUUGUUGGUAGCGAUGAACUUUCCGAGGCUUCUCAGAUCCUCUCUUGCUUUUCUGAUAUGGUCUACUGCACGGUCUGUGCGUGUAUGCAGACGCAGCACAAGCUUGAAAUGGACAAGAGAGACGGAGUGUUUGGAUCUCAACCAAUGGGCGUGCCACCACCGCAGCAGAUGUCUCGCUUUGAUCAACCUGUGCCUCCACCAGUCGGAUACCCACCUGCAGCUUACCCGCCCGCUCAAGCCUACCCACCUGCGUCUUACCCGCCUCCCGGUGUGUGCAGAACAGUUAUCUUCUUCCGUUUUGCGGUUUAUGCCCUAAACGCUUUGGUGUUUUUCUCUCCUCCUAUUGAUCUUGAUGGACCAAAAGUGUAG